GCAAUAAUUCUCAGCUCAACUCGUUUUGUUGAUAUACCUCUUCCUUCGAAGAGCGAAAGACUUCGUGCAUGAAAGUAAACAAAUCGUAGUCUGUUACAAUGUGCAUUGAUUAUGAUUGUUACGAGGAAAAUAUUCACCUCUGUUAAUUUUAAAAGUAGUAUUUCUCAGUCUGUCUUCAGAAAAUUUUCUGUUACUGUUCCCUUCAAUGCUGUCAAUAAAGAUGUUGUCGAAAGUCUUGAACGACAUGCUUUAGUCGAUUUUUCUACUGCAGCCGGAAUAGAGAGACUAGAAAAAUCCAUACAGUUUGCUGAUAGACUAAUGGAAGUUGACACCACAGGGAUAGAACCUCUCAUAAGUACAGUAUAUGAAAGAAAUGAAAAUUUGCAAGCUGAUGAAGUAUUACAGAAAAGUAAUAGGGAAGAACUGAUGAAAGCAGCUCCAGUUACAGAAGAAUUUUAUUAUGUUGCUCCAUUAGGCACAUUUUCAAGGAAUCCUGCAAAAUCAAGUGAAUAGUUUUCUCUUGUAAAAUUUUAUGUGAAUAAGACAUAAUGCAGUUUUGACUUUUUAUUACACUUAGUACAACUAUAAAUAAAAAGAAAUUAAGGGAAAAAA